AUGUUUCUCCGUGAUGAUGCGGAGGUGCGCACCUUGAAAACCGGAUCGGGAGCUUGGCGGCACAGUUCAGUGGAGGAGGCAAUCGUUUGGUACCACGACGUGGCGCCACGACUGCACCGUCACAUUUGCUAUCGCUAUGGACUGGCACAGAUUGAUCUAGUUCCGGCAUUCCGCGCUUUAAGUGCGGACAAGCGGCAGGAAUGGUUUCGCGAUGACUGUCAUCAUUCAGAUGUUGGUGGGGAAGCCUUGGGCAACUUGCUGGCCAAGUUGCUUUUGUGGGCAGUUCGCCAGCCCGAGUUGGAGAUGGGGAAGCCGCCGAGAGUUCCCGCAGCCUUGGAUGCCGGCUGCUGGUGCAACGGUAAAACAAUGCGGGUCCUUCGCGGAUGGUUGGGCCCAGAAUCUCGGGUAUCAAUCCGGAAAGACAAGGACGUGCUACACCUUGGAGAGCAAGCGGACUGGUUUCUUCUCUACGCCGGGGGUAAGGCGACCAUUCCGUUCAAAGGUCGUGCUUGUGGUCUGAUGACCCUGCUUGGACCAGACGCACCAUCUUUGCACGUUAGCGUGGAUGGCGGAGCACUCCGACGGCUUGAUCUCUUGGACCACUGGCGCCAUGACGUUCAUGCCUGCUGUCAGCUUGCCUCAGCUUGCCAAACUUGCACCAGGUGCUUCUACUGGCGUGAUGCCAUAGUCCUGCUAUGCGAUGACCUGGCUGAUACAACCCAUACUCUUGAGCUGCAGGUGGAGGAAGAACGAACGGACAUGUCCAUUCUCAAGCGCGCACCAUGCUCUGACCUGUGGGAUAGGCCGGAUAGGCAUUGGAAUUGCUUCGGUGCAGCCGUAUAG